UUUAAAAUUUUAUUUUGAGUAUUAUAAAAUUAUUUAAUUUCUAUAACUGUUCUUUGUCAUUCUAAAUUAUCUUUUGUUGGAGCAAAAUUAUUUUAAAUUUUUGACUUUUGAUUUGUAACGUCAGGUUAUAUUGAGCCAUUCAAAGUUCGGUUUUAAAGAUUUGACAAUCGAAAGCGAAGGAAGUUUGGUUUUAAAUAUAUUUGCAGACAUUUGAAUAGUAUUAGAAAUGGAUAAGUCAAUUCAAGAAAAUGGCGCUGCACUUAAUGGCGGCAAUAGCAUUGCGGUUAAUAAUGUCGUGCUUUCCACGGAGAAGGCUGAUGGAGAUCAUAAUGUCAGCGCCUCCGAAGCGCUAAUGACUGAAGAAAACUUGUCAUUAUUGCAUAUUUCAUUAGAUGAGCAAUUUUCUUUGAAUUCAAGCAAAAACACAGAAGAUCAAGUUGAACAAAAAUCUGGUGAAAAAUCAAAUGAAUGCCACAAUGACGAGGAGUUACAGGGAAUGGAUCGGAUUUUUUUCACACCACCACCGCCACCUCCACUACCAAAAUGCCUUUUAAAUUGUCGUGUUGUAAUUCAAAAGUUAAAUUUUGGUGAUGCACUUCGACAUGCUAAACAAAAAAUUUCUGAUAAAAAAAACGAAGAAAAGUUGAUAAUAGAAGAGGUUAAGAAAAAAGAAACUUCAUUGAGCUUGGUUCGUGUGCAAUCUAAAGAUUCCUUAAACAUGCCGCCACCUCUGUUACCACCGAAAGUGUCUAAAGUAAAACAUUCAUUGAUGUCAACAUCCCAUUUGGAAGACAAAUUGAAAGCAGAGAAACGAGCUAUUAAAGUUAAAAAACUAAUUGAAAAUCGAUCAAAAACUAAACCUGCUAUAUCUGCGGCAGCAAUACCUUUACCAUCUCCACAGAAUGUAAAAUCUAUUCCUUCAAGUAAUGAGAAACUUAAAAUCAAGAACUCUAUGGAAAGUGAUUUAUCCAAAACAUCUGUCUUAAAAAAUAUUGCUAAAAAUGAGCAGUCACUCUCAGUAAUCACCGAUUACUGCACGAAUGGGAAUAUUCGGUAUACUAGCAAUGUUAAUCACUCCGAGGAGGAGGCUUUAUCGCUACAAAUGUCACCGUCUCGUUCAUCUACGCCAUACACAGUGCCAAUGUCUUGCACAAGCUCCAAUAGUGAUCUGGAGCAUGCUACAGACCAUGUUAGCCCUGUUAAAAAUGAUGAUAACAUUGCAAAUAAUAUUCCAAAGACAGUUGAAUUAAGUUCUCUUGAAGAUGACGGUUGUGUGCACUAUUCGCGUUCUUUUAUGCUUCAAAUUCGUCACAAUAUGGCAAUAAAGAAUAAUCAAAAAGCGCAUCAAUCCUUAUCAGGAGUGAAUGUUAUUCCAUGUGACGUUGUGGAAUUGGAAUUACGUUUGCGUCGUUUUAACAUAUGGAAAAAUUCUGAAACCUACAAAAAUGACCAAUCUUCAACUUCUCGCACUCAAUUUGUUCAAAAGUAUUACAAUGGUUUAAAACGAAGCCAAGUACCAAUAGACGAGUCUAUUAUUAAAAGUCAACCUCCUCAAAGAGAUUAUAAGGAUUCGAUGAUAAUGCCCAACAGAAGACGUAUAGGUAGUGGCCGGUUAAAUCAAAGUACAUAUGCAAACACCAAUCAAUAUGGUAAUUAUAAGGAGAGGCCUAUGUACAAAAAUGAAGUCUUGAAAAAUGGAAAAAUAAGCCAGCUUAAUAGCCGGAAUAUUAGCAAGUAUUCACCACCCAAUAAAAAACCACAAUUGUUAAAUGAAAAACCAAAGAAAAACGAUCUAACUAAUGCAAAUUAUGUUAAGCGCGUUAUGUCAGGUUUUCUUGUAGUUUCAAAUGCCAAAGAUCGCGAUAUUGAAGAAAAAUAUCAACAACGUGGCAACAAUAAUGUAGGUGAGGAGCCAGAAUGGUUUAGUUGCGGUCCAACAUCACGUUUAGAUACAAUUGAACUUCAUGGUUUUGCCGAUGAUGAAGACCCGACAAAAUCGCAAAAUAAAUCCGCAGAUGAUCCAAUGUUUUGGGGCGGCACUGGAAAGCAAAAUGAUCUAAACUUAGCAAGUGCGAGAUGGCGACAACAGCAUAAUGAUCAAUAUAAAUGGCAUGCAGAGAGUAAUGAUUCCAGCAACAAUUUCAACCAACAUCAGAACUUGAACCAAAGUCGUGAUGUAGCCCAUUUCUAUGAAAACGAUAAAUUCGUUAAAUUUGAAAAGAAAAAACAACCGCCGUUUCAUUUUGAUCGCUUUUCAAAUGAAAAUAAGUUCAUACCGUCCAAUCAACGGCACUAUGAAAAUAAGAACAAUAGACAAAAAUAUCAGAGUGAGAAUAUUCAAAAGAACAAUUUUACCAAUGACAAUUCAAGAUUUUUGUCAUUUUUUAAUGGAAAUUCUGCUAAUGUUGGUGUUAAUUUGGCUAAGACUAAAUUUGAGCCGCAUAACAUUAACAAUGGCACACCAUUAAACGACUUUAUUAACCAAUCUCAACAAUUGUCAUCACAGAAAGUAACUGCUUCCAAAAGAGAUUGUAUGAAUAUGCCUUUAGUUGAUCAGUUGGAAGCAACAUGGAAACGAAAUUCGUUAAACAGCAGUAGCACAAGUCAAGAAAGUUCUAAUGAUACAAACAAUAACAACUUGAACAAAACUACAGAGGAUUUCCAAAAGCUUAUGGCACGAAUGAACGCCCAGAAUGUCAGCUCCAACUCAUCUCAUGUACAUACAAUUGAGGAUAAGUCAAAUGUACAAAUGCUAUUUAAAAAUGAUCACUUGUCUGCAUUACUCUUGAAACAGAAACAUCAAUAUAAUCAACAGCAGCAACUUUUGAAACAACAACAGCAACAGGCAGCUUUAGUUGCGAGCCUCCAGAUGAAGAUUAUAUUGGCUCGUCCUGAGGCACAAAUGCUAUUGAUUGGUUUGGCUAAAGGUGAAAUUUCAAAGCACGGCUUAGUUAUCCAGUUGGCUAAUCCCCGUCUUCCAAUGCGUGAUCGAGAAGCUAUAACAGCUGUACUUUCAUUUACUUCUAUACAACAACAACAGCAACAGAUAGAUCUAUUAUCAAAUAACCUUCUUUUAAAUCAGUAUCAAACACUUAAUCAGAUAUCAGUCCCACAACCGUUAGUAUCUCAGCAGAAGCAGCAGCCACAGCAAAAACAACAGCAAUCACAGCAAACAGUACACAAUGCACAACAAAAGAUGCAUAGUGAGAAACACGCACAAUCAACAGCUGCACCAAAUGCAGUUUCAAAUGUCCUGCCAAAUAUUGUUCCAUCCAUUUCUCAGGAUGAGUUGCAAGCUCAUGCUAAUCUUGUAAUGCAAAAUGCCUUGUUAAAACGCCGAAUUGAAGAGCAAAACAAAAGCAUUGGUAUUCAAAAUUUUUUACAAAUGAGCGCUGCUGCUGCUUUGGCUGCAAAAAUACAACAACAAUCACAUCAAGUGCAACAAAUCCAACCAAUUAAACCUCAGCAAUUUCAACAAAAUAUUAUUCGAGGUUCACCAGUUAAUUACUCAGUAACUAGCUCUCUCAAUGAGUCUUCUGAAUCAAAUAACACUAUUGAAGACAAUAAUCAAUCUCUUCAUCAAAUUUACCGUAAAAACUGUAAUGCUGGCGUUUAUGGUUCUUGUCGUUGUUCUUUAUCCGGUUUACCAGAUAAACAGGAUAUGCAUAUUGUUGGUGAUCAUCAAAAUCAGCCCCAACAGCAAACUUGCUCCAGGCAACUUAAUUCAUCAGAACAUAGUUACCAAACCUGCAGCAAACUACACUCACCAUUACCAAAAAUUGGGCCUCCAGCAACUGUCGAUGAUCGUCAGUAAUAUAAUAUCUUCAAUAAAAAAUUCAACAGUUGGCUUAAUGGCGGUUGGUGUAUUUGGUACAAUAAGUGUAUUAGCUGCGUACCGUGGAGUUAUUAAAC